AUGAGUGAUUAUGGUGGUCUAGGGAUUGUUAUAGAAGAAAAUGAAGAUAAUAAACAACGACAAAUUGAUUUAAAAUUAAAACCAUCAAAUUUAAAUAUGCAACAACAAAUCAUACCGACAAAUUCAUUAACUUCUUCACCAUUACCAACUCCAACUCAACAAUCAUUUCAUCAACCAAAAUUAAGUAUAUCAUCAAGACAUUCAAGUAAUGCAAGUUUAUCAAAUAUUUCAAUUUCACAUAAAUCAUCAUCUCAAUCAUUAAAUCCUCCUAUACUAUCGCAACAACAACAGCAACAACAAACUUCACCAAAACCAAAUUUACAUAUACAAGCACCGCCAUCAUCAUCAAAUCAAAUACAACAAAUUAUAAGUAAUGAUAAAAAAGAAAUAUUAUUGCCACCAUUGCCUGAUGCAGCAGAAGAUUUACGAUCACCUUUAAUUUCAAAUUAUAAUACUAAUUUACAUGAUGAUCAACAUUCAACUUCAUCUGUAACAUCAAAUGAUAAUCAACAACCAAGUAAUAACGAUGAUACAAGCACUAGUCAAAGUGUUUAUUCAAAUGAUUUUAAUCAAAUUUAUCAAAACAAUAAAAGUUCAAUUUCAAAUUAUGCUUUAGAUUUUCCAUUAAUUGAUCAACAAUCACAGAAUAAUUUAAGCUAUUUUCCAACAGUAUCAAAACCUUCAAAUAAUUUUCAUGAUUCAUUUUCAAGUUUACCUUUGGGUAGUAGUACUGGAUCAAUACCACAAAUUUCAUCAUCAAUUAACAAUAGUCAAAACAAUUCAAGUAAUUCAAUACAAACAACUAAUGAAAAGACAAGUCCAUUGAAAAAAUUGAAAAGUUUGAAAAAUGGUAUUAGAAAGUUAUCUUUAGGAAGUAAUAGUAAUAAUAGUUCAAAUUCAAAUAUUUCAACUCCAAUUACUCCAAAGUUUUCAAAUUUAAGUUCAACUUUAAGUUCAACAACUACAAAUACUGCAUCAUUAAGACCAAAUUUAACUCCAUUACAAUUUGAAAAUGAUAAUAAAUCAUCAACAACAACAAUUGCAACACCAACACCAAUUCCUCAACCAAAUACUAUAAAUCAUCAACAUCAUUCAUCUUCUAGUUCAGCUUCAACUUCAUCAUCACUUAAAUCAAUUUUAAGAGCUAAAAGAGUAAGAGCUUCAUCACAAGGUAAUAAUUUAAAUGGUGGGUUAAUUUUCACACCAAUAACUCCACCACCAAUGACAUCACCAAUUAUAACAAUUAGUGAGAAUUUACAAUCAACAAAAACAACAAUGAAUAAUAUCGAACAAAAUUAUUUUGAUUCAUUAGCCGCAGCAAUUGCCACCACCGCAACAACAACAACAACCACCACUACAGAAUCAACAUCUCCAAAUAAAUCAUAUACUUAUCAACCACCACCUACACAAAUUGAAGAAAUGACAAAUAUAUCAGAUUUAAUCAAUUAUCUGGAAUUUUUAGUUAAUCAAAGAUCAGCAAUGGAUAAAGUAUUCGGUAAAACUAAAGAAAAAUUAAAAAAUUCAGGUUGGUGUUCAACUACAGAUUUACAUAAUUUACAAUUACAACAAGAUUCUUCAGUAUGUCAAAUUGAUUCAUUAUUAUUAAAAAUUGAAGAAAAAUUAAAUAGAGAUUUUAAUUAUUCAUUUUUAAAUAAAAAUUCAAGAUUUAUUGGAGGAUUUGAUAAUGAACAAAAUAGAGAUGAUAAUGAUAAUGAUGAUAAUGAUGAUUUAUUAGAUGAUUUAAAAGAUUGUAUUAGUCCAAGUUUAAAAGUUUUGGAAUCUAGGUGUUUUUCAUUUACUGAUUUUUAA